CAUCUCCUUAGACGUCUCAGCCUAAAGGCUCUUCUACUCGCAUAAAGAAAGAUGGUGAAGCUUGCAUUUGGAAGCUGUGGUGACUCUUUCAGUGCCUCGUCCAUCAAGGCCUAUGUCGCCGAGUUCAUUGCCACGCUCCUCUUUGUGUUCGCCGGCGUCGGCUCCGCCAUUGCCUACGGGCAGCUGACAAAGGGCGGGGCGUUGGACCCAGCUGGCCUGGUAGCGAUCGCCAUCGCACAUGCCUUCGCACUGUUCGUCGGAGUUUCCAUGGCCGCCAACAUCUCCGGCGGCCACUUGAACCCCGCCGUCACCUUCGGCCUUGCCGUCGGUGGCCACAUCACCAUCCUCACCGGCAUCUUCUACUGGGUCGCUCAGCUGCUCGGCGCAUCCGUCGCGUGCCUGCUCCUGCAGUUCGUCACCCACGGACAGCCUAUCCCGACGCACGCCGUCGCCGGAAUCAGCGAGAUCGAGGGCGUCGUGAUGGAGAUCGUGAUCACGUUCGCGCUGGUGUACACGGUGUACGCCACCGCGGCCGACCCGAAGAAGGGGUCGCUCGGCACCAUCGCGCCCAUGGCCAUCGGCUUCAUCGUCGGCGCCAACAUCCUGGCCGCGGGGCCUUUCAGCGGCGGCUCCAUGAACCCGGCUCGCUCCUUCGGCCCCGCCGUCGCGGCAGGCAACUUCGCCGGCAACUGGGUGUACUGGGUCGGGCCACUGAUCGGUGGCGGCCUAGCGGGGCUCGUCUACGGCGACGUGUUCAUUGCCUCCUACCAGCCGGUCCCCCAGCAGGAGUACCCAGGAAGAUCCUUCAAUCCGAACCGUUGCUGCUGCUGAUUCCAUCGUUGUCACGUCUCCUUCCUCUUGUAUUUGAUCUUCCCGUUUGGCCGUUUCCUUCCCUUCUUGUUUCUGGUUUCAAAUUUGUCGUGAAGAAUCUGUCGCACAACUGCUCGAUCGAUCUGCGUCAUAUAUGGACGGUUCAUUAAAACUUGUAAGUUUGCACGUACACGUUCUCUCUUGCAUGUGGUGUGCGUACGCGUGCAACGGGCGUGGCCGCGUGGAGAGGGUUCAGAUAAGUAGCGGGCGGCGGCAACCGCUGCGAACUACCGCGAGGCGCCGUUUCACUCUACGGUCGCGGCUCUCGCUCCUCUAUAUAUAUUAAGC